AUGCUAUCCUCUCGUGCUCUCAAGAAUGUUCAGCAACUGGAGCGUCCAUUUCGGUUCACUCCUACCCCGGAUUAUGACCCUCAGAUAAAUCCUCAAGGUCUUAUUUCAUUUGGCAUGGCAGAGAAUAGACCAAUGAGGUCUGAAAUUGUGAAGUAUAUCAACGAGAAGGUCACGUUCACAUUAGACUCAGUCAGCUACCGCUCGAGCGCAACUAUAAAUUCUCGUCUUCCGGGUAUUGCCGCAGCCCAUUUAGACAAGGUCUUGAGCACACACUCUCCAAUCAAUCCGGAUCAUGUUUUUGUCGCGGAUUCUCCGACGUCUCUAGGUAACAUGCUCGGCUUCAACCUCGCAGAGCGGGGGGAAGGCAUUAUAGUUAAUCGCCCCGUAUAUGGCCGCUUUGAGCUAGACUAUGGUGUCGAGGCUGGUGUUGAAAUUGUAUAUGCGGAUACCGCAACUGACGAAGCUUUUACGCCAAACUCGGUUGCCAAGUACGAGCAAGCUUUGAUUGAAGCCGAGAAGCGAGGCAUCAAAAUUCGUGCGGUACUCAUAGUGAAUCCGCACAACCCUGUCGGUCGUUGCUAUCCCUCUGACACCCUGAGACAUAUUGCAAGGUUCUGCGAUAGAAACAGCCUUCAUCUUAUUAGUGAUGAGGUAUACGCAUCCUGCGUUUUUGACUCGGGUGAUCCUGAUUCUGUGCCAUUCAACUCGAUUUUAUCGUUGAAUUUGCAGGGUUUGAUUGACCCAAAUCUUGUCCACGUUCUAUAUGGCUUCAGCAAGGACUUUGCAUCUGGGGGUUUGCAUCUCGGUUUCUUGGUAACUGCAAACGAGCAACUUCGCAAGGCAUGUAAAAUGGUUCUACGGCUCCAUGGCGCUUCCCAGGCUGCAAUUACAAUCGGGACUGCUAUCUUAGAGGAUCAAGUUUUUGUCCAGGGCUUUCUAGCCAAAUCUCAAGCUAGCCUUGCAGCAGGCUAUCGCCUAGUCACUUCUACACUUCGAGAAGCCGGCAUCAAUUACAUGAAAGGAGGUAACGCGGGUUUCUUUAUUUAUGUCGAUCUGUCCCCUUUCCUCCCCGACAUCAACUGCUCGGUUCAAGAACGCGAAUUUGCCCUAGCACAGCGGCUCCUUGAUGAAGGUAUCUUCUUACAUCCUGGGGAGGAACACUCUAAGGAUGCAGGCUGGUUUAGGUUGGUGUUUUCCAAUGACGAGCCCGCUUUGAAGGAAGGGCUGAGGAGGUAA